UAUUGUCGCUGAACAUGCAUUAAGCUGGCGGAGUAAACCUUAAAGUGUAUUUCUCUCUUUUUUUCUUGAUAUCUGAGGGAAAAAAUGCCAGAAUACGAGCUAGCCUUGAUAGCCAAACGCCUAACAAAGGAGGGUUUUUCUUCCAUGCUUCGUCGGACAGCUUUAUUCAUUAUAAACGAGGGAGGUGUUGUUAAGAAAAUGGAAAAUCUUGGAGAGCAAGAGCUGCCUCACAGAAUGAGAGCGCAUCAUGAAUGGAAUACGCAUGGAAGAUACUUCUUAAUCAACUUUAUCUUGGGAGCAGAUGGAGUCAAACAACUGAAACGUGAGCUGGAAACAGACUUAGACCUCAUACGGCCAAGAUUAGUGAAAGUUAGAAGCUGCUAUGAACCAAAGAAAAAACCACUUAACACUAUAGAAUGUUGGAACAGUUACAGACCUCCUUACAACACAUAGUUACACCAUUUGUGUUUGUACACACUCACAUACAAAUAUCAGAGGAGUUUCUUCAGGUGUUCAUUUCUUAAUUGAAAUUUGCAUUCAUUCUUGGGAGAACUGUUGAUUGGUGUAAAUUCUUAC